AUGGACCUCUUUCGAUUCCAGUCUGCGCAGCAGUACGUGAGCCAGCUGCCGCUGCGCAGGCUCUCCUUCUGCGUGACGCUCUGGCGGGCGCUGCUGGUGGAGGAGAACCACACGGAGAUGUUGUGCAGCGUGACGGUGCCGUGGGACGGCAAACUCUUCUCCCCCGCGGAGAAGCUCGAGAUGACGCGCGCCGUGGCCGCUGAGGCCACCUCCGGGGGCGGGGCGCCGGCCUCGCCGGGGGACGCCGCCAAUGCGGCGGAACUGCAGGCGAUACGGCUGCAGCUGCUGCAGGGAAACGGGGACGCCGUCCCCGACGCGGCGCAGGCGGCGGCAGAGUUGCGGCGGCACCUCGAGAAGAGCGCCGCUGCCUUGUUCACGCACACCUCCAGCGAGGAUUACAUCUGCGAGGCGGAGGAGGACUGCCCGGUGGAUCCGCCGCAGGACCCAAGCCCCCUGGCGGCAGUCAUUCUUCGCCACUACCACGCACAGCACCAGAAAAGCAACAAGAUGUAUUUUAUGUUGGCCAUCGGAGGCAUCACCGCCCCGGAUGGGGCAUCGCUGGCGGAGAUGCGGUGGGAAGGCGAGGAGCGUGUCUUCUGCAUCAUCACGGCAGACAGGAGUGAGUUUCACUUUACGGCAAAACCAUCCAUUAACGAGACGCACACGCUAUUUGUGGACUCGUUGCACGUGUACUCCUUCAAGGUUUCAGUGACGGCGGCGGAGGAAACCGCCCUGACGCCGUCAGAGCCCGACGACAUCGUUGAGCACAUUGGCAGCCUUGCGUUGCGUGUAAAGGAUCGUCUGUGCGUCCCUCAAUCUGCCCGGCGCGAGGCGCUGCGGCAGGUGCUGCUUCAACAGGCUUCUAUUAUGGGCGCGGCGGAGGUGGGUUUAGACGCUCAACACCUCUCGCAGGCAGGUGACGGGGGCCCGCUUGCGCGGCGCGCCUCGAGGGCGCGGGCGCGCCAUUACAUACAUGGGACCAUCGACCGUUGCGUUGGCGUCCCAGAGGGGGCGCUUUACCUUCACUGUCAGUGGCGGCAGGACACAGAGGAGGGGGACGUGUAUGAGGCAGGGAAGGUGGAUGAGGGCUUUACCACGCAGCUGGCCUUCGCUGGUACCGCCGUUGUUGACGACUUUAUCCCGCUUCCAGUGCAUACUUUUAACACCCCCUUUGAGUACCAUCUGGACGCGGUGGACGCGGCCCCGCUGCAGCUUCUAGUGACGGUGUACAGUGAGACGGUGCACGCCCAGCAGGCACCUGCCGGCUACACAGUCCUGACGGUGCCGCACACGCAGCCCGGCUGCCACGCGCUGCGAGCCCCGCUUUGGCGACCGCGGCAAACCGGACGUGAGUUCCUCCGCACCGCGUUGGUGGGUGGUGCACCCGCGCUUGUUGCCCCAGGCGAUGCCGCCACCCGCAACAACACGGGCAUGUCGCUGAGGCACGGGCUCGUCACGGAGCCAGCGGGCGAAGUGGAGGCGCGGGUGAUGGUGCUGCACCAACACAGCGUCCCCGAGACACGAUAG